AUGUCUUCUUCUCUUGCUACCUCAAACGAAACCGUCAUGGUUUCCUCCAACCAGAAUCUCCUUAACGUCAACAUGACGAACGUAACCAAACUCACCUCGUCCAACUUCCUCAUGUGGAGUCUUCAAGUGCACGCCUUACUCGAUGGCUACGACUUAGCCGGCUUUCUCGACGGAUCUGUCGUUGUCCCACCAUCGACCCUCACCGCCAAUGAUGUUGUCUCGGUGAAUCCGGAGUACACCAUCUGGAAACGCCAAGACAAGCUCAUCUACAGUGCGCUGCUUGGCGCAAUCACGGUAUCCAUCCAACCCAUACUCUCUACCACCACAACAUCUGCGGAGAUAUGGUCCGUGCUCUCCGCCACCUACGCGAAACCAAGUCGUGGUCACCUCAAGCAGCUACGACAACAAAUCAAACAAUGGACAAAGGGUAACAUGUCCAUUGACACUUACUUUCAAGGAUUCACCACCCGUUUUGAUCAAUUGGCUCUUCUCGGGAAAGCACUUGACCUUGAAGACCAAAUUGAGCAUGUCCUUGAAGGUCUACCGGAAGAGUACCGUCCCGUGAUUGAGCAAAUCGAAGGCCGUGAAACUCCUCCCUCAUUAACUGAAGUUCACGAGAAACUACUCAAUUUCGAAGUGAAACUUCAGUCCAAAGCUGUCCCACAAACCAAUCUACCGAUCACUGCAAAUGCGGCUGCUGUUCGAGGUUCCUCCAACUACAAUCAUCGCCACAACUAUCAAGGUCCGUCUCGCAAUAACAGUCGAGGCCAAAACCAGCAGCAACAAUACUCUCCUCGCAACGACCAAGGCGCUCCUCGUGGGUAUCAAGGUCGCUGUCAGAUCUGCGGGAUCCAGGGCCACAGUGUGCGAAGGUGCCCUCAGUUGCAGCUUCCGGGUAACUCAUACAACAACAAUGCUCGUCCCAACUCCUCACCUGUUUCAUGGCAGCCCCGUGCCAACAUGGCCAUCGCACAACCCUACAAUCCAAACAAUUGGGUUCUUGACACCGGAGCAACUCAUCAUCUCACUACUGAUCUCAACAAUCUCUCCCUGCAUCAGCCUUACAAUGGUGGGGAAGAAGUCACCAUAGCAGAUGGGACUAGCCUCUCGAUCUCGCAUACUGGUUCUACACUCCUUUCAACUCCUUCUCGUCCUUUAACUCUUAAUGAUAUUCUCUAUGUCCCUAAUGUUCAGAAAAACCUUAUAUCUAUGUAUCGCCUGUGUAACACUAACAAUGUGUCUGUUGAAUUCUUUCCUGCCCAUUUCCAGGUGAAGGAUCUCAGCACGGGGGCUCGGUUACUCCAAGGCAGAACUAAGGAUGAGUUGUACGAGUGGCCGGUUUCACCAUCGAAUGUUGUCUCCCUUUUUGCCUCUCCAUCACCUAAAACGUCUUUUUCAUUUUGGCAUUCCCGUUUGGGACAUCCCUCUUUAGCUGUUUUACAAUCAGUUGUUUCGCAAUUUUCAUUACCAGUUCAAAACUCCACACCAAAACAAUUGCCAUGUUCCCACUGUCUUAUUAAUAAAAGUCACAAACUUCCCUUUCACUCAAACACUAUCACCUCAAAACACCCUCUCGACUAUAUCUACACCGACGUGUGGACGUCUCCCAUCCUCUCUAUCGACAAUUUCAAAUACUACCUGAUACUUGUGGAUCAUUACACUCGUUACACCUGGUUCCAUCCUCUACGACAGAAGUCUCAAGUGAAGGAGACCUUCAUAGCGUUCAAAGCCUUGGUCGAAAACAGGUUUCAACAGAAAAUCCGAAACUUAUAUUCAGAUAAUGGCGGUGAAUUUGUGGCAUUACGGGACUUUCUCAUGAAUCACCAUACCUGA